CUCUCUCCGACUACCGACGAUGAAUGCGCCUGGAAAUUAUCCUGCACCGCAAGGCGGAGGAUCCUUGUUACUCUCGUUCCGCCUCCAAGACCGCGUCGUUCUGAUCAUCGGGUCUGGUUCAAUUGCCGCCACUCGGGCAUUUGCCGCUCUCGAGGCCGACUCUUCCGUUGUCAUCGUAUGCAAAGGCGGAGCCAUGGCGGCCUGCGAUGAGCUGCGAUGGAGAGCGCAAGAAAACCAGCUGAGCAUCCUCGACUGGGACACUCUCCCGCAGUCCAGCUCCUCAGGUAGCGACUUGGAAGAUAGCCUCGACCGUCUCCUAGCUGCGUCGACCAACAUCAGCCUUGUCGUCGUUACCGAUACAGUGCUCAACGACCCCAGCCGCCGAUCGAAUUCCUCUGCCGAACGCAUUUACUCGAUUUGCAGGAAACGCAGUAUCCCUGUGAACAUCACUGACAUGCCCAAUCUGUGCGACUUUACAUUCACAUCCACUCAUCGAUUCGCCGGCUCCGAGUCCACCGUGCGGUCUGCGCUGCAGAUCGGUGUCACGACGAACGGCCAGGGUUGCCGUCUCGCCAGCAGAAUCAAACGCGAGAUCGUCGGCCUACUGCCUAAAGAGGUUGGCGCUGCCGUGGAUCAGGUCGGUGCCAUGCGGGUUUUGGCGAGAGGUGCCGGGAUCGAUUGCACGGACGAUGGCGGUGCAGCUACGCCCAACGAGCCUGUGCCCACGCGCAACCCCAUCGAGACGGAAGUGGAGAGCGCGAGGCGGAGGAUGAAGUGGGUUGCCCAGGUCAGCGAAUAUUGGCCAAUUCCUCGUCUGGGAGCCAUGACGGAGGAAGACAUGCGUGAGGUUUUGGCGGGAGAACACCCCAGCGCUACUUUGUCGAUUCAGAGUCCAUCUCUGCAUUCACUGGACAGACCCAAGAAGGGUCGAAUACUACUGGUUGGGUCGGGCCCAGGGCAUCCUUCAUUGCUCACGGUGGCAACACACACCACUUUGACGAAGUUAGCCGAUGUCGUUUUGUCAGACAAGCUCGUUCCUGCCGCCGUACUCGCUCUCAUUCCAUCCACGGUCGAAGUGCGAAUAGCGAAGAAGUUUCCGGGAAAUGCUGAGGGUGCCCAAAGUGAAAUGAUGGAGGCCGCAAUCGAAGCCGCCAAUCGUGGUUUGACCGUCGUUCGGCUGAAACAAGGUGACCCAGUCGUCUAUGGACGUGCCGGGGAAGAGGUUCUCUACUUUCGGGAGCGAGGAUACGAGUCUAUCGUUAUCCCCGGCGUCAGCUCUGCUCUCGCUGGCCCUACUUUCGCGGGCAUCCCUGUGACACAGCGCGGCGUGGCAGAUAGCCUUGCCCUCUGCACGGCAGUCGGCCGAGGCGGCUCCGAAGCCCAGUUGCCCGGCUAUCUUCGCCCACGGACACUCGUCAUCCUCAUGGGCGUGGCCCGGCUUGGGCAAGUCAUUGCCACAUUAUGCGACGAAAAAUCUUCGGAACGGAGACUGGGUCCAAUGUAUCCGGGAAAUACGCCGAUAGCCAUCGUUGAACGGGCCUCAAUGCCGGACCAGCGAGUGGUCGUGUCUACCCUCAAACACAUCGUUCGCGCGCUGGAAAGUUCUGGUGAGCAACGUCCUCCAGGGAUUAUGGUGAUCGGAUGGGCCGUGCUCUCGUUGUGGGCUACCGGUGACGUUUCUGUGCUUGACGAGAAAGCGGAGAACGAUGACGAUGCACGAGUUCGGAGAUGGCUGGGGCACGAGGAUUCUUGGAGGGUCGUCGAAGGCUUGCCAAGCGGAUGGGAUUUGUUCUGA